AUGAGUGGGUUAACUAGUUCACUCAACACAGAGCUCCUAGCUCUUGCUGGUGAAUCUAAACGUAGAAACCCAGAAAUCAAAGAAGCUGCAGAAAGAUCGGUUAAAAUUUUGAAGACACUCAAGCCUGGGGUGGAUUUGCCGCAAGAACUAGCAAAAAAUGCUGAUUUUUUGCGUCCAUUUCUGCUUGCUUGCGAAACGAAACAUGUUAAAUUGAUUACUAUAUCUAUAGGCUGUCUUCAUAAAUUAAUAUCUCAUCGCGCUGUUCCUGAGUCUUCUGUAAAAACAAUUCUCAAGACCCUUAAUGACGUUUUAUCGCAAAGCGUUGAAAUUCAGCUAAAGAUUUUGCAGACCAUCCCUCCAUUAUUGAGUAAUUAUAAAGCGUUGCACGGAGAUCUUCUUGCUGAGGCUUUACUAAUUUGUUUUCGACUCCAAGAUUCAAAAGUUUUGGUUGUCAAUAAUACUGCUGCUGCUACUUUGCGCCAGUUGGUGAUCAAUAUUUUUGAAAAAGUUCAAGAGGAAGAUGAAAUAAACGAUAAAAAUGGAUCAAUACAACCAACAUCGACUGUAAUAUCUAUUAGGGGAAAAGGCAACAUUCCACUUCGCCCUUGUGCUAGAGAUGCUUAUAAUCUCUUUCAAGAUCUAUGCUUAUUGACUAAUUUUGAGCAACCAAUGUUUCUUAGAUUACAUGGUUUAUCAAGGACAUUUGGCUUGGAAUUGAUAGAGUCUGUAUUGACAAAUCAUUCGAAAUUAUUUAAACCGCAUCAAGAAUUUGUGUAUUUACUUCAGGAGCGCGUUUGCCCUUUAAUUAAUAAAAGUUUUGCUGAUAAAAGCGACUUUCCGACAACCAUGCGACUAAUGCGAGUUGUAUAUAUAUUACUUAAGCAAUUCAGUGAUAUUUUGGUGACUGAGUGUGAAAUAUUCCUUGCUAUGUUUGUUAAGAACAUUGAACCUGACAAUAUAUAUUGGCAGCGGGUUAUUUCAAUGGAAAUAUUUCGCGGAAUUUGUUCUGAUAGUGCACUUUUACGUUCAAUUUACCGCUGGUAUGAUGGACAAGGGCAUUUCGCUAAUGUGUUUAGAGAUAUGAUAAAUGCUUUUGGCAGAUUGGCUACAGAGAAGCCUCAGCUAAUUGGACAUUUGUAUCAGGGUAGAGAAAGCAUGGAUAUGGCAGGAAUGGCUGGUGUGGUAAUGGGAGGAGUUGGACAAGUUGAUUCUCCCGGGCUUAGUAUUGUAAAUUCUGUAAUGAAAAUCCAAUGUAUUGAUCAAUUAGAUAAAACUGACCCACCACAAAUACCGGAAACAUAUCUUUAUUAUCUUGCUUUUGUAUGCCUUAAUUCUAUUGCUGAUGGUCUACACAACUUUGUAUCGUCAAUUUUUGCCGACGUUAUACAGAAACAGCAGCAUGAUGAAUCACAGCAUAUUUCCACUACACAACAGCAAUCAAUAUUUGGAAAUACUACAUUACAACAUCUCAAAUCACAUCCCAAAUAUGAAGAAGUUUUGCUCGUUGCAGAUAUGGCAAAUACUGCAUGGCCUGGGUUACUUGCGGCACAAUCAUUUUUCCUUACAGCGAAUAUUGAUGAAGAGUUGUUUCAGGGUGUUUUACGCGCAUAUCAAAACUUUACCAUCGUAUGUGGUGUUCUUCGGCUUUCAACACCGUGUGAUGCCUUUUUGACGAGCCUAUGUAAAGGUGCCGUUCCUCCUAGUGUAAUCGCUGCAUAUGUUGCAGAAAGCAAAGCAGCUCAUAAUAGUGGAAGUGCAACUGGUUCCGGUUAUGAUGGUACGGUAAUGGUUACAUUAUCUGAUAGAAAUUUAUCUUGUCUCAAAAUACUAUUGAACAUUGCACAGUAUCUUGGUGGAGUCUUGGAUGAUUCUUGGUAUUUGGUGCUGGAAACAUUACAAUUAGCAGAUUUUAUAAUAUUUCCUAAACAUGCCAGAGGUGGUUCUAGGGGUACCCGUAGAGUUGGUACGCAACUUUCCGCGUCUGUUUCAACAUCAUCUUUAUCUUCUCCACAAACUGCUGGCAGUAGUUCAUCAUCACUCGCUCAAUCUGCGUCAACAGCUCCAGUGAAAAGACCUUAUUCAGGAAUUAUGAAUUUUUCAGUUCAAACGCCUGUGCAGUCUUCUCAAACUGGGUCGUCUGUAGCUAAUUCAGUCCCUCAACAAACAGCUAUGGAAAAUGAUUUAAAUAUCUUGUUGGUACAAAUAAGAAAAUUAUUUGACAACUGCAAACUUCUUGAUGAUUCUGCUAUACAAUUUUUUACUAGUGCGUUAUGUAAGUUAAAUGCUUACACCUAUGGCGUUCCUUUGGCUAGUGAGCUCUCCGAAAAUGGUCAAGGAGCAACAUUUGUGGAAGGUAAAACACCGAAAACUUCACCAUUAAGUAAUCUGCGUGGAAAUAAAAGUGAUGAGAAGUCCUUUGCUAUUGACAAGCUGCGUACCGUUGCACUCUCAAAUAUACAUCGCCUUAUCGCACGAGAACCUGCACUCAUUUGGGAUCUAAUUGUAUCUAAUUUAAUAACGACUGCAAAUUAUAUAUCGACUCCACAACAAGUUCGUAUGCAAGCUUGUGAAGCCUUGUCAGAUAUUAUUAUUACAUCUAUGAGCUACACGAGUUCAGCGCAGAUGGGAAAUGAUGAACGUAUUCAAAUGCAAUUACUUACUUCGUUAAGUCAUUUAGUGAAUGAUCCAGAAAGAGCAACUCGGGGUUAUAGUAAAGGAUUUUAUGUAGAAGUUCAAAAAAUGGGAUUGGAAACCUUGAACAAAUUAUUACAAACAUCUGGACAUUCAUUUGCGUUCGGGUGGGGUAUGAUUUUUGAUAUGAUAAAAAGUGUAUGUACAAUAAAUGUCUCUGGUGAAAUAGGAGACGAUGAAGGUGAUACUGUAAGUGUGGAGAGUGUUAGCAUAAUUGAUGGAUCAUUUGGUGUAUCCAACUCUAAAUCUUCUGGAUUGGUUCGUGUAGCAUUUCCCUCUCUACAAUUAAUAUGCACGGAUUUCUUAUCAUUAUUAUCUCCUGAAUGUUUAAAACAAUGUAUUAAUACGCUGGGAGCGUAUGGUCUGCAAAUGGACGAUUUAAAUAUUAGUUUAUCAGCUAUUGGGCUUUUGUGGAAUGUUUCUGAUUUUAUACAAACUAAACGUGCGGACCUUGAAAAUUCACCUGACAAACAUGAUGAAGAUGUCAAAGCCAUAACAAAAAAUGCUGUUAUUGAACAAGAGAUCGAACGAAUCAUUAAAGGUGAUUUGACAUCUCAUACAAUGAAUGCGCUUUGGAUGUUAUUAUUGAUACAACUUUCGAGAAUCUGUUCUGAUUCUCGCCCAGAAGUCCGUAAUGGGGCCAAUCAAACUUUAUUCCGCACCAUUGACAUGAACGGUUCAGUGCUAGACAUUCAAACUUGGCAUACAUGUAUUUGGCAAGUAUUGUUUCCGUUACUAAAUUCGGUUAAACUUGUUUCAGAAAAAGUUGUUAAAGUUAUGCAACAACAACAACAAAAUCCGAAUUCUGAAAAACUUACAUCUCAAAAGGAAUUUAAUGGUUUUAUGGUUCAUCACUCAAGAAAUACUGUUGACAAGCAAUGGGAUGAAACUAAAGUAUUGGUUCUGACUGGAAUGUCUGGAAUAUUUAAAAAUUUUGUACCAAUAUUGGUGGAUUUAGAUGAUUUUAAACAAGUGUGGGGAUUGUUUCUUUCACAUUUGCAAGAUUAUUGUUUACACUCUAGCAAUGAAGUUGCGAUUGCAGCUGUUAAAUCUUUUCAUACAAUUAUUCAAUUUCCUAAAGAUGAGUCACAUACUGAUCAAUUAAAGAAGAGGAUUUUACCACAUUGGCAAACAGCAUGGAUAGUUUGGGAAACAAUAGGGUUGGGUAUUAUAACGAAGUCAGAAAAAAGAACUCAUAAUGUUGAUAUGGAUAAUGGAGAUUUAUUACCGUCUGAAACGUUGGAAUUUCCUAUUUCAUCGCAAUUUACACAAGAUACACUCACUGCAUACGUUAGUGCCUUUGGGGAUCUUUAUAAUGUCAUUAAUCUUGAUUUUGGAAUCGACGAGAUAAAAAGAUUUUUGAAGGUUACUUAUGGAGUAUUGACUUAUUCGAAUAGUCCUUCGUAUAGACCAGAUUAUGAUUAUCUCACUCCUUUACAAGAAGCAGUAUUGAAUGUUGUAGGACAAAUUGACUUAAAUGUAUCAGGCGCUCCCGCGGUAGUUUUAAGUGAUUUUGCAGAUUAUAUUACUUUAGCUUUCACAAAGCAAUAUUGGAUUGAAGAAGCACCUGAAAUGGCAAAGAAUAAGAAAGAACAAAUAUCCACAAAAGGUUCUAAAGUAUCAGAUAAAGAAAGCGUAUCGUCUAAAAAAUCAUUCCCAACAGUUACCUAUAUUGUUUUUUCAAAGACUGCCAUGCGUGCAGUUAAUGAUUUAUUUAAAAAAUUUGUGAAAGAUCAAGGAAUUUACGCGGAAGGUGUCUUUAAGAAAAUAAUUUGGGCAUACGGUAUACCUAUGAAAAUGAAAUAUGACUGUCCACCAUCUGGAAAACACAUAAAUGACAUCGAACUUUGGAAAAUCGCAGCUAAUGCAUUUUUAGAUGUUGUAAAAGAAGGGUUAAUUGCAUUAGAAAGUUUUGAUAAAGAUAUUUCAGAUGAAUGUUUCGUAGAUAUAUGGAAACAACUAUCUAGUGUUCUUCAUGACGCGCUAAUAACUGUCGGAAAACCUCCACCUACUAUUAAUUUAGAACAACAAGACACAAAUGAGGCAUUCGACAUGAAGUUUCUUUUUAACCUUCAGACAGAAGUGAUAAUUCAUAUGGGUCGUCCUCGCGUACCACAAACUCUUAUACGUGAUAUUGUUGAAACACUCCGAGAGGGAUCACAAUUAUAUUCUACUGAUAUUGAAAGACAAGAAGCGGUUAACGGACAUCUAAAUAAAACUUCGACAACGUCAAAUAUUGAGAGAACAACACAUGCCAAACAAUUAGAAAAAGUUGAAGGAGUAACAGUAUUAAUAAGCCCAGUGGCACGAGAACGGUUUGCAUACGCUUGCCUGCAAUGUUUAUUCGAUCUAUGUUCUGCUGAAUAUGAAGAUGACUUUUCGGUACGGCAGCGGAUAGCAGAAGUUGCAGCUCCCAUUUUAUUAGAGCGAUGUGCAUCUGUAAUUCGGAAUUAUACAGCUGAUCAACCUCUGUCGGGCAAAUUUCCGUUUCCAAGGGUACGGAAUGAUGAAAUACUGUUAAUCUUACAACAAUUAAUCAAGUUGCGAUUUCGAAAAAAUAUUAUACGUUUUGAGGAAGAAGAAACAGCUAAUCCUAUAACGAAACAAAUUUUAUCUGGACCAAUUGCGCAUUUAUUUUAUCUAUAUCCGGUGAUAUGUGAUGCUAUUUCUUUACCAGAUGAAAAUAUUUUGACCUUGUUGAAAGAAUGCUUAAAAAAGGUUGGAGAAGAACUAGAAUUGAAUGCGAUUUUUGCAAUAUUCACGGCGGCUGAAGCUGGAAAUUUUUACUAUAAAGACACCCGCUUUUCAACUUCAGCUGAACAA